CCAGAGCUAUGGGGCGAGGCAGCGAGCGAUCGAGCGAUCGAGCGAACGAGAGAGAGCAAGGAACGAGCUCUCGUAGCGAGCAAUUAAGGAAUCGGAUGCUGUCCAAGCAGUACAGAAGAUAGUACUGGCGAUGUGGAAAUGAAUGAACGGUUGGUUGAGCUGGGCUGUGCUUGGGGAUGAUGGACUAGCUCCAUAGCAGCAGCAGCAGUAGCAGUGGCAGAGGCAGUGGCAUCUCGAGAGGGAGCGACGAGCUGACACUGAGCGUCAAAAAGCAGCGAGGGACGAGAAAACGUCCAAAAGGCAGGGGAGCGAUUGAGAGAGAGAGAGAGAGCGAGGAAGGAGGAAGAAGAGGAGCAGAUUUCGGAGGAAGGGGUGGAAAGCAGCUGCAGCAGGAGAGUGGGGAGUGAAAUUGAUCGGGUGGAAGAGCAGGCAGAGUGGGAGAGAAGGCGAGGGAGAGAUGGCGGGGUGGGCAGCCGUGGUGAGCAGGGGAGCAUUGUGCUCACGCUUGGCUCCCAGCGACUGCCAUGCGAGUGCCGGGAGUAGCAGCAAUGGUGGGCAUCAGAGCUGUAGUUCAGACGGCGUGGGGAGGAACUCGGGCUCGCUCCGGCAUUCUUCCCGGAGCUCGCUGCGGAUUGGCAGUGGGACCGGUGCUUCUGCUGCCUCUUGCUCUUCGUGUUCUUCUUCUUCUGCUGCCGCUCCUGCCUUGCAGAUCGCCACUCGCGGAUCGUCGCAAUGGGGCCAAGCCGCCAGCGUUGGAGCUCCCCCGGCUGCCGAGGCCGAGACGCCCGAUGAGACGGUCGCCACAGGAGGUCGACGCGGGGUUCACGUAGGACAGAUGUGCGUGCAAGGUCUCAGAGAGGACAUGGAAGACGACAUUAUUGUCCAGGAGGCUCCGUUCGGAUUCACCUACGCCGGCGUCUUCGACGGGCAUGCAGGCUUCGCGACAACCGAAUUUCUGAGGAACGAGCUGUACAAGGAUUGCGUGGACUGCCUCGAGGGAGGGACGCUACUUGAAGAGGGUGACCAAGAUGCUUUGAGGGAGGCUUUUGAGCAAGCAUUUUUGCAAGCCGAUAAGCGCUUGCUACACUGGUUAGAAAACAGCGCACCCGAGAAAGAAAAGGAGUCGGGGUCCACGGCCACGGUUGCGUUUGUACGGAACGACAUCGCAGCGAUUGCACAUGUGGGAGAUUCGCGUGCGGUCCUUUCCCGGGGUGGUAAGGCCGUGGACCUGUCGGGAGAUCAUAGACCCUUCGGAAACAGUAAAACUGCUCUCGCGGAGAUCAAGCGCGUGAAGGAUCAAGGAGGCUGGGUGAGCCAUGGAAGACUUUGUGCCACGCUUUCCGUGUCACGAGCUUUUGGGGACGUGGGCUUCAAAACGCAGAAGCAAAGGAUGCUCGAUGAAGGAGUCAGAGACAGAAGGUGGACACAAGCUUUUACACAGAAGCUGAACAUGGAUGGUGUUUGGUUAGAGGCUACGCCAGAGGUGAAUAGAAUAGAACUUCAAAAAGAGGACGAGUUCAUCAUCAUUGGUUCAGAUGGGUUAUGGGAUACUUUCAAAAGUAAUGAUGCUGUUCAAUUUAUAAGGAAGCAGCUCAAAGAACACGGAGAUCUACAGAGAGCUACCGAAGCCAUUGUGAAAGCUACCCUGGAGCGGCACGGACAAGACAAUAUUAGCUGUAUAAUUCUUGAUUUCGGAAAGGUUCCAAAAGAGGAAACGUCUAUACUUCCAUUUAAGUUUUGGUAAGCGUAGAAGUCCUCGGACCUGUAAACAUAGCACUCUUUCGACUGCUGACUCUGGCGAAUGUGAUCGCAGUGGAGCAAUCAUGAUGAAAUUCUUUUGCGUCGUGUCUAACUUGCCCUACUGGCAGUCGUGUAUAGUACCAGUUCGCGCUUUGUCCCAAUCUGUACCAAUAUAUAUCACAACAUUCUUCUCAUUCACUGAAUCCUGG